GGAGGCAAUAAAAGACAUCAUAAACCAUUUACAUAUUGGUAGAUCACAAUAUUAGACCUGUCCAACGCCUUUUGUGUUGUCCAGUGUCACAUUGUUCAACAGCCCGUCACAGUAAAUGAGAGCAAAUACUGUACAGGAAUCUGUCUUCAUCUGAGCCACAAAGUUCACCUGCGUCUUGAAAAACUGUCUGUUGCUUCGACAAUUGAAAUCAUCAUUGAACCAUGACGCAAACGUUGACAAAAGAAUUGUUAAUGCAGUUAAAGGCCAAUGUGUCCUCUGGAUUCUUCGGCUCGUUUCCACUGAGCUGUUUGUUAAUCGGACUGGAGGCUUUGAUGGAUUUGGAGUUUUCAUGUCCAUGCAGAAUGGAGUGGAAUCAUGUUCUUUCUAAUCUGAUCAUAACCGCUCCUGCUUGCUUUGCCUUUGUUUUAAUGUUCUUAUGGUUAAGACCCUGUGGUUGUAAAGUCCAGUCUUGGAAAUGUGAUAGUUCGGGUCUGUGUGACAAAGCUAUACAAGAUGGAGUUAAAAGUUUCCUGCACUGUCUGAUUCCACCUGUGGUGUGGUUCUUUCUUGUGCUUUAUGAUGGAAGCUAUUACACUUGUAGUCAAACAGACUGGGAUGGAGUGUAUGUUCAUGAUGAGGUGCUGGGAAAGAAAUGGUGUAAACCUACUGAUGGGAACUCCAACUACGAAUUCAGAGAACUCCAACUACGAAAUCAAUCUUUUGUUGAUCAGUCACAGCUUGCAAGUUAUAUUCUGGUCAUGGUCUUCUGCGCUGUGACGUUUGUUCUUGUGUGCGUAUAUGACUGCCGGAUAAAUUGUACAUGCUGUGGAAAUGAACAACAGGACAGUGAAGAGACAGUGCAGGAACAGUGUAGCGAGAGUACAUACGCAGAGAUGAAUGAGAUUAGAAAUGAGGUACAACCUCAAUUCCCUCAUGUUCAAUGUUCAGUGAACGACAUUUAAAAUGCAGAGAACAGUAGCGUUUAAUGUAUCUUUUAGCUGUAGAUCUUUAUAUCAGCAUGUACUGCACUGGUGAUGGCAAUGUAUUCACUUUUUUAUGUAUGUAGUAUAAUAUGAUUUUUUGACUGUGAACUCUACCUGUAGUCCAAUAUCAUCUUCCUUGUUUGACAGGUUUGUUGGUGCCUUACUUACCACACACAAACAAAUUAUAUUUUUUAGAAGCGUCACUAUUCAUUUCCAUAUACUGUAGAUCACAUGAGAUCAACAACGUGGAGUCUUUUGGUUCAUUUUAUUUUUCGUUCUUUUGACUUCUCAAUUACUCAUGACUGCUGUUUUUUACAUUAAAACAUGA